GGACUCGCUUCUGCAGCCCUCCUCCUCAACUGGGGCAUCGCCGCCGCCCCCUCCGCCGCCGCCAUGAUGCUCCUCCGACGGCACCUCCUCCCUUUCCUCCGCGCACCCACCCCGCUCCCCUCCCCUAUGCACCAUCGCGCCCGCCUCCUCGCCACCUCCCCCGCCCCAUUCUCCCUCGAGGAGUACCUCGUCGCCGCCUGCGGCCUCGCCCCAGCUCAAGCCCGCAAGACGGCGAAGAAGGCGUUCGAUGAAUCAUCCAAACCAAGGAAGAAGGCAUUCGAGGACCUCUCCUGGUCCCGCCUCAACUCCGCCUCCAACCCCCAGGCCAUUCUUGCCCUGCUCUCUGGCGUCGGCCUCUCCCACGCCGACAUCACCGCCGUCGUCGCUGCGGACCCGCUGCUCCUCCGGUCAUCGCCCAAGAACAUCGGCCCCCGCCUCCUCGAUCUCCGCGACCGCCUCGGUCUGUCCACUCCCCAAAUCGUUUCCUUCCUCCUGGUCGGCUCACGCUCUCUCCGGAACUGCGACGUCGGUCCAAGGCUCGAGUUCUUCAUCUCCCUCCACGGCUCAUUCGAAAAGUUCAUCCACGUUAUGAAGAAGGGAAGCAGCAUCCUAUGGUCGGAUCUUGAAAGGGUGAUCAAGCCUAACAUCGUGCUUCUUCAUCAGUGCGGCCUAAGUGUUGGAGAUAUUGCCCAGCUGUGCUCAGUCAGAAGGAGUGUGCUUACCUUCAGCCCAGAGCGCGUCAAGGAGGUAGUGCUGCGUGCGGAAGAGCUUGGGGUGCCUCGCAGCUCGCGAAUGUUCUGGCGCGCGGUGUUGGUUGUCGCAAAUAACACCAAAGAGAACAUUGCUGCCAGGCUCAAUUUUUUGAAGAGUACUCUUGGUUGCUGCGAGAGUAAAGUUUCCACAACAGUGUCCAAGUUGCCAAGCAUUGUAGGACUAUCUGAGGAGUGCCUUCAACGCAAGAUUGCGUUCCUGAUCAAUGAGGUUGGACUGAAGCCGCAGUACAUUGUUGAAAGGCCCGUCCUAUUUACAUUAAGCCUGGAGAAGCGAAUGAUACCCCGGCAUUGUGUCAUGAAGGUCCUGCAGGAAAAGGGAUUGCUAAAUAGCAAUAUGAGCUUUUUCUCAUUAGCUAAACUUGGAGAGAAGGCUUUCAAAUUGAGGUUCAUCGACUGUCACAAGGAUUCUCUUCCUGGGCUUGCAGAUUUUUAUGCUGCUGCUUGUGCUGGUGUUGUGCCCUCUAAAAUCUAAUUCUAACAUCUUGAAAUGUUCAAAUCUGUUUUGUAUUUUAGACGGAUGGUGACUCAACUCAUGCUUAUUGGCAGCAGUCCUUGGUGUUCUGGUUUCUGCAAUAGAAACACCAAUGAUCUUGGACUACUCAGAGACCAAGUUUGUCUUAUGGUUUCUACUUACAGCCUGGAGAGGAGGCUAGUGGCCGGCAUUGUAUCAGAAAGGUCCUGCAGGCAAAGGGAUGCUGAAUAGCAAUGUGGGCUUUUAGUCUUUUACACAACAGCUCAAAUCGGGGGGUAGACUUUCAAAUGGAAGUUCAGCGACUGUCACAACUCACAAGGACUCUGUUCCUGGUCUUGUGGAUGCUUAUGCCGCAGCCUGUGCUGGUGUUGUGCCUUCUGGAGUCUAAUUUCAACAUCUUGAAAUGUUUAAGUCCGUUUUUUUUAGUUUCUAGAUGAAUUGUAGAAGUGCAACUCAUGCUCAAUAGCAUCUAUCCACGGUGCAGGCUUGCUCAAUUCUUGGUCUCUGCUUAGAAUCACUAGUGAUCUCUGACUAUCAUAGUCCAUGUUUGUGUUAAGGUUAUCUAUGAAGGAAGUGGUUUGACUAAUUCUGGCGCCCUACUGAGCAUGUUUUUUUUAUGUCAGUUCUUCUGCCUAGCACAUGGCUGAAGAUUUUUAACUUAGUUGUUCUUCUGCAGAUAGGUCCUUGAAAGAAAGCACUCAAGCUAAUAUAUAGAACUUUCUAGUCUAAAUAAAUGGCAGCGGUAUUCUGUAUCUUUUCUGUAGCCAUGGGACUUCCUGUAAAUCUAAGCAAGACCUUCAAAUCAGUAGCUACUUUGCAAUUUUCAAACAUUUUGUUUGUUGUGGACUCUUUCAUUAGGAAGGUGUACAGCAGGAGGAAGAAGGCGCCAUCUAGUGGCUGAUGUGGUGCCUAAUUCCUAUGUUUUAUGGCUGGGUCAGUAGUUAGUUGGAUCAUGGCUGGGUUAGUAGUUAGUUGGAUCAGGAUACAAAUAAGAUCAGAUAGAGAUGAGAUAAGAUCAUAAUAGUUGAGAGUUUGUUAUGGCCGGCCUUCUUAUAAGCCAAGGCCACAACAGGAGAUUAGGUAGGUAGAAAUAGAUCCUAGCACUCAGAGCCUCCCAGGGAGGGCGAGUAGGGUUUCUAUCCUACCAUUGUAGCCUGUCUACUGAUCAAUAAAGCUCUUGUGUUCCCCAUUCCCUGUUGCUUAUCAUUGUUCUUCAGAAUUUCCACUGGGUAGCGAGAAGCAUUUUCUAUAUGCUUUAUUUUCACAAGAAAUAAAACCAGGUCCGUAUAGAAAUCCAGAUUUCUGAAGCUUACAUUAGGCAUCAUGUUGAGCCGAAGCAUGUUUUUGUAGCUAAGUUCUUGAGGUUCGUGAGGUUGGAAACUUGGAAUGGUUGAGAUUGUUUCGUCGCAAUUCAGUGGUUUAGUCUGCAACUUUCAGAUGGCCCUGGGCUUGUCCGAUUGUAAAUAUGCCACAAAUAAAACACGCCCAUUAACCUGCCUGGAGUUACAUAUCUAUGAAUACAUACUUCAUGAAGAUGUUGCAGCUAGAGUAGUGAACUGCUUUAAGUCUACUAUGUACUGUAUGUGUUGUUCUCAGCUGCGUGGGUCAGGUACUCAGGUCAGGUCAAUAAGCAGCUGCAUGCAUGUGUCGUUUCCUGCUUCUGGCUUGUUAUUUUGUUAUCUUGUGUUCACUUGUGCGUCUGUCAUAUAUACGUCUAAGAGUUAUAUACAAGUCUUUUUUCCCCCAUUCAUGAAAAGGAAAAGAGUUCUUUACGGUCGUUUUGUACUCCAUUCAUCAUUGUUAAUGGAAAAGAUGGUGCUGGUGGAUGAUGGUGUCAAUGAUAGGAUGUAUGUACAUUAUCUCACCACAAUCCACUUACUGUUAUUCUCAUUUGGUUAAUUAUUUCUAUAAUUGAUUUGUACAUUUUUUUAUAUUUACUCCAAUAUAUCGUAGUUAUGGCAUUUACUCGCUCUCAUCCACUUUUUCCCGUUUUAUGUAGGCCAUGCUUCAUUCAUUAUAUUCCAAAGUACAUAGAGGUCUUGACAGUUGCAGUCAAAUUGCAAUUUAUUGGCCAGUCAGAGAUGGCAAUGGAUUUAUUUGAUGCAUUAUGUGUUGGCCAACCUUGUGCUUGUUGGAGACAUUUUGUUGAAUCUGACUUCGUGGCAUGUUCACUAUUAUUAUAACAUUGUGGUGUUUCCCUUUUCAUCAAUUUGAUCAAUGGCACAAUGAGUUUCAUUUCCACCCAUUAUUUUUAUCCAAUGUUCUUUUGAAUCCCUUUUGUAACAAUUUAAUGUUAUGUUACUAUCUGCCAAUUCACAGGGAUCCAUACUUGAUGGGUCAUUCGAUAUCAUGGACCCCUCCAUACGUGAACAAUUUUUGGUCGGCUAUGAUGUCCCCCACUGCAAGAUGCUAUUCUUCCCUAGUUUGGUGGAGCACCGGUGGGUUGUCUAUGUUUGGAGCUGUGAAGAUAAUGUGAUUAUAAUGCGUAAGCUUUACACCAGCAUUCCAUGUGCAUGUGGUUAAGUUGCUUAAGAGUGCAUCGCGGGAGGUUGCUUUCAAACUUUUUGAUGGAUGGGAGCAAGAUUGGGAAUCAACUAAUUAAAAGUUGUUGAAAUUCACUGACAACACAAUAUCUUGUCUGAAUCGCACCGGCGUAUUGUGUGCUCAUUUCUGUCGCAGCUUUGAUGGUAAAAGCACAUUUGUGAGGCAUCACAAUGUUGACACUGAACGCACUGCUGGUAUGCUUCUAGCGGAGGUCCUCAAGCUGUCCGAUAAUUAUGGGAAGGAAAAAGUCUAUAUAACACCUAAUGUAUUGAUGGUAGACUACAUAACCCCCUCAACUAGAGAACCAGGUAUUGUGGGUAUUGUGACCUUUAAAGUAUCUAAAACCGUUCAAAUCACCCCCUGAAGUGGUUUUCUAAGGGGGUGUUUGGAUACCUCGUGUUAAACUUUAGCACCUGUCA